GCACGACCGGGUUACCCGAUCGUUCUGCGCCGCGGCUGCUGGUGACGAGAUCGAAUGAAGCAGCCGUCAGCUCUGCGCGCCUCGCCUCACAUCCACUCGUGAAAUGGCGGCAGUCGCGCAGCAUCUGCAAUGCAGCGGUUCGCGGAUGGCCAUUUCGAUCGUCAGCAAGAUUCAAUCGAGGCAAAUAAAUACCCACACACGCCACGCCGCCAUCUCCUUGAUCACGCCAUCUAGACUAGGAAAGUCGGCCGCUUUAUUGGAACGAUCGAGAGCGCUUUGGCUUGCGUCUAGUCUGCGGUUAGAUAGUAAGAUCGCCUGCCGGUCCGCCACGCGGAAACCAAUGCCCAGCCGAUCGCGCCGCGCUGCGAUCUGCGCGGCGACCGGCUCUGACGGGCGUGCCGAGGGGGAGCGGAAAGGGGACGUGAAGGGAGGGGAAGGCAGCGGCGCAGGGCGGCGGGUGGGAGAGGCGGCGGAAGGGGCGGAGGGGGCGGAGGGGGCGAGGCCCGUAGCCGUGCACUUCAUCGGGAUCGGCGGAUCGGGGCUGUCGGCGCUGGCUGCCGUGGCGCUGAAGCAGGGCUACCUGGUGUCGGGCUCUGACAGCAGCGCGGGUGCGCAGGUGCAGCGCGUGCGGCAGCAGGGCGCCACCGUGCACGUGGGGCACUCGCCCGCGCACAUCGACGCCGCGCUGCAGCGCGCCCGCCUGGCCGCACAGCAAGGGGGGGACGCGCAGGGGCGGGCAGGGGAAGGGGGGGACGCGGGGGCGGUGAGGGGAGGUGCGAGUGGGGUGGGGGAGAUGGUGGUGGUGGCGUCGAGUGCCGUGCCCGCUGACAAUGUGGAGGUGAUGCGAGCCAAGCAGCUGGGCGUGGCAGUCCUCAAGCGCUGGCAGUGGCUUGGCAUGAUGACGUCAUCGUUUGACUUGAUUGCUGUCGCUGGCACACAUGGCAAGAGCACGACCACAGCGAUGCUGACGUGGACGCUGCGCCAGAUGGGUGUGCCACUUGCUGCGGUCAUUGGAGCCAACGUGCCUCAGCUGCCAGGUGGCGGCAACGCGCUGGUCGAUGAUGGUGCCAGCGUCAUGGUGCUAGAGGCCGACGAGUACGACGGCGCCUUCCUGGAGCUUUCCCCGAGCAUCGCGGUGGUGACGAACGUGGAGUGGGAGCACGUGGACCUCUUCGAGAGCGAGGCAGCAGUGCGGUCGGCUUUUUCUCGCUUCACCAGCCGUGUAAAGCGGGGCGGCGUCCUUGUGGCGUGUGGCGACAAUGCAGGCUCUCGCGCGCUUGUCACACAGCUGCGUGCAAGCAAGGGGGGCGCCACUGCUGCCGCCACUGCUUCCACCUCGCCUUGUACUAGUAGUAAUGCCUCCGAGGGUCCAGAUUGUAGUGGUGGUGCCAGUGCAAGGGCUGCUUGGCUGGACGCAGAGGAGGACCCGCGGACAGCUGUCACGUACGGAUUGGACGAGGGCAAUGACUGGCGGGCCAUCAUGCUGGCGCCGAACCAGGCGGGCGGCACCGACUACGUGACGGUGUUUGCCGGCCGGCCCAUGGCUCGAGUGAGCCUGCAGCUGCCUGGCGUACACAAUGUGCUCAACUCCCUCGCUGUCCUCGUUGUUGCCGCCCAGCUGGCAGCCCGUGAGGCGCCGACAGCUGGCGACGCGGCACGGGUGGAGGCGGCGUCGCUGGAGCUGCAGCGGGCGGCGGUGGCGCGGGCGGCGGAGCAGAUGGGGCGGUUUGAGGGGGCGGAGCGGCGGUUCCAGGUGGUGGGGCGCGCGGGCAAGUGGCGGGUCACGUGCGUGGAUGACUAUGCGCACCACCCCUCUGAGGUGCGAGCCGUGCUGCAGGCAGCGAGGCAGAGAUACGACCAGCAGCCCAUCUGGGUGGUCUUCCAGCCACACACGUUCAGUCGACUGGCGCAGUUCAUGGACGACUUUGCUCCCUCCUUCAGUGCAGCCGACCGCGUCAUAGUCACCCAGGUGUACUCUGCUCGAGAGGAGAACCGGUGGGACGUGUCUGGCGCUGACCUGGCCAUCAACAUCAUCGGCCCUCCCGCUGUCUACGUGCCCAGCCUAGAUGACGCCAUUGACAGGCUCGAGUGGGAGGUGAAGGCGCGAUGCUUGGCCAGCGACACUGCCAUGGCCAGUACUGACAGCACCGGCAGCACCACAGAUGGUGGCGCCUCCAGCGAUGGCAGUAGUGUGGGCAGCAGCGAGACUGCUUUGUGGGAGGGGCCGCUGGGGGAUGCAGUGAGCAUUGCGGGGGGCAGACACGGACUCAAGGCACAGGACGUUGUUGUCUUGACGCUUGGUGCAGGUGACAUCACUCGCGUCGGGCCGGCUCUCCUGGAACGCCUUUCCUCGCGGGGCUGAUUUCAACCCAAUGCAAUGGACUCUUAAAAGAAUGUGGACGAGAUACGCCUCGAGUCAAUAUAGACCGUCUUAAUUAUACGUGAGGGUGAUUUCGGCACCAGAACAAGCACCGUAUGUGACAAGAAUUUGGUCAAACCAUGUAUGGAUGGGACACAUGGUCAUCAUGGGUUACUGAGUGUUGUAUCUGUGAGUUGAGUUGCUGGGUUGGUCCAUUGGUUCAACUUUUUGCAGCAAACCUUAGGGUAAUUGUACUAAUCGUUACGCUUAGAGCCUCAUCCUAGCCU